ACUAAAAGAUCCCGCAUGCAGCGACUAAGACCCGGUGCAGCCAAAAUAAAUAAAUAAAUAUUGAAAAAAAAAAAAAGAAUCGAUCUGGACUGCAAAACAGCUAGCUAGAGGGUGAUUGGUUCCUCAGUUCAGGUGGAAGAGAUGGCAGACAGGAGGUACUUGGAAUUCUCAAAAUGAACUUCAUCAGUUUUUUACAACUUUGUGCUUAUCUCACUCAGGCUGUAACAUAUUUUCAGUUCUUAUAAACUUUAUUAUCUAAUGAGAGUUAUCACCUUCUAGCCUGGGAACCAAAUGAUAAAAUUUGGUUGAAGGGCCUACGUUGGCAGAGAGGAAUUUUAAGGUAGAGCUCAGCAGUGCUUCCUCUCUCUUCCCUGUACCCCGACAGGUGGCCCUGGUGACUGAGAUGGCAUCCUCUCUAAAGGUCCUAGGCCCUCUCUUGGCCCUGCUGUUCCCUCUAUGUGGGCUCCUUGUACACAGCCAGAACGUUUCCUGGAGGGAAUUCGUGAAACAGCACCACCCUAGCACAAACUGGGAAUUCAGCAAGUACAAGUGCAGUGAUCUGAUGAGGGAAAGAGGUGUUUCAAAAGACGAGAACUAUCACAUCUUCGUCUAUACCGUAUGGCACAAGAUUGAGCAUAUAUGCAUCAGGAACUGGAGAGAUCACUACAGAAAUGUAUAUAUAUGGGCCCCAUAUCCCUUCAAAACACUCAAGUGCUACCGGAAGAAUAGCAAAAACAACUACAAAGAUUACAAGAGCUACAGCUACAUUGAAUUCCAUUGUGGCAUGAAUGGGUUUGUUGAUGACAUAGAGGACAGGCAGUUGUUAGAGGAUAUCAGCAACUAGAAAGUUGACCCACACCCACAGGUUUUAGCGUUCAGUGCUUCCCAAGUGGUGGUCCCUCCCUGCACCAAGAGCCCUUGCAUUUAUUUGCCAAUGUUUUGCAACUACUGAGAGUUAUGUUUCACGUGGUUUCUUACUAUCGUAACUUUGCCUAUGUUGUUUCUCUGCCUGGAACACCCUUCUGUCCUUAUUUACCUGAUUUACUUCUACAUUUUUGAAAAGAUUCAGCUCAUAUGGAAUCUCUUUUUGACUAACCCAGGAAUUUUCCUGAUAUUGACUCUCCUUAUAACUUUGCAAGUGGAAUGAUCUUCCCAUCCCUAAAUAAAUUUUAUCAUUCCAA